AACUUUCACAACGACGAAAAGCCAACCCAAGCUAUCGCUUCUCAUUCAGCAGUCUUUUCUUUCAUACCGUAAAAAUUAUAACACAACAAAAUAUUAAAAAAUUUGCCUAAUUUUCGAUUAUGGGAGAAGAAGUUAUGGAUAGUUUAUCAAAAGUAGGCUCUUCAUCACCCCGUUUCAUAUUAGUCCAUGGUGUUAGCCAUGGAGGUUGGUGUUGGUACAAGGUACGAGCGCUCUUAGAGGCAUCGGGUUACUCGGUCACGUGUAUCGACCUUAAAGCUUCCGGUAUCGAACCAUCUGACCCCAACUUCGUCAUGUCCUUCCAAGACUACAACCAGCCUUUGGUUGACCUCUUGGCUUCCCUCCCUAAUCAACACAAGGUGAUAUUGGUAGGACAUAGUGCUGGGGGAAUUAGCGUGACAGAAGCAAUACACAAGUUUCCAGAAAAGAUAGAAGCUGCUGUGUAUGUUGGAGCCACCAUGCUCAAGUUGGGUUUUCAAACCGACCAAGAUGUAAAAGAUGGAGCACCAGAUUUAUCAGAAUACGGCCAAGCAUAUAAUUUUGGAUUAAGAUUAGGGAUGGAUCAACCACCAACAAGUGCCAUCAUUAAAAAAGAAUUACAGCGAAAGAUUUUGUACCAAAUGAGUCCUCUUGAGGAUUGCGCACUGGCGGCAAUGUUGUUAAGGCCAUUCCCAUUGGCCGUAACAAAAGCCGAAUCCAAAGAAGAAGAGAAAGACGAUACAGAAAUGGUGAAUCGUAUAUACAUCAAAACAUUGGAAGACAGAGUGAUAAAACGAGAACAACAAGAAGUGAUGAUAAAGAGAUGGCCACCAUCACAAGUAUAUGCUAUAGAUAGUGACCAUUGCCCUUUUUUCUCUAACCCACUUGUGCUCACUGGUUUGCUCCUUAAAGUUGCUACUACUACUACUACUUUUUUACAAGUACUACCAAUUUAAAUGAUCUAUAUAAACUUCGCCUUUACUUUCACCAUAUAUAAUUCUCACAUGGCUUGUUUUUUCCCUUUUAAAUUAUUGUUUAAAGUACCCUCCUUUUUAUACUUUUUGUUUAUGUGAUUGUGAAUUGGUUCAUUUUUUAUCAUGUAAUAUGGAGCAUAUACUUUCUUGUCUUUUUAUAGUUGUUACGGUUUCACUUUUGACAUU